UUUCGCUUUUUCACUAGAGAAGAAGGUCAUGAUUUUGAGAGUUCUUGUGUUAUCUCUGAUUUUGUUAGGUGUUGGGGAGGCUGCUAACAGAACAGACAUCGAGAAUCUGUACACCAAACUCGUACUGAGCGGAACAACCCCGCAGCUAUUGACGGACGUUCGCCCUUCCCUGUACACGGAGUUGCUAGGUUCUUUGAAUCUUUUGUCUAUCAAUGGUUUAGAUGAGGUCUCAGGAACGUUUUCUACCAUGGUCAGUCUAGCUUUGACUUGGGAAGACGAUCGACUAGCAUGGAAUUCUCUGGAUUACAACAACCUAACAAAAAUCGUGAUACCCCAAAGUUCUGUGUGGACGCCAUCAAUGAUUAUGAGAAAUUCUGCAACUAAGGUGAAGAAGAUAGGGGUAGAAGAAAACGUUGUCACAAUAACCAGUGAUGGCUAUGUGACUCUAAAUAUUGGUGAUUUUCUAGAGACGGUCUGCAGUUUUGACGUAACCCAUUUCCCCUUUGAUCAUCAAAAAUGUGAAAUUUUGUUCAUCCCUUGGAUUUACACCAAAGAUUUGGUUGGACUUAGGCAAAAAGCAGAUGACGUUGACUUGAAUUUAUAUUCAUCAAAUGGGAUGUGGAGAAUUACGAGUACCACAGCGUCCGUAAACUACAUCGUGACGACAAGUGUAGAUAACGUCUUCGCUGAAUUGAAAUAUACGAUUUAUCUAGAACGAAGGUCGUCGUAUUUUGUUCUCAGUAUAUUCAUUCCUGUAAUUAUGCUCCUCCUUCUGAAUUCCAUGGUCUUUAUCCUGCCAACAGACAGCGGGGAACGUGUGGGUUACUCGGUCACGUGCUUGCUGGCUCUGGCCGUCUUUUUGACGCUGACUGCGGACGUUUUGCCGAAGACUUCGGAGCCCUUAUCCGUUUUGUCCUGCUUUAUGAUGCUGCUGGUGUUGACGUCUGCUGUUAUUUGUCUGACCACAAUAAUAAGUGUUUGGCUGCAUCACAAACCCGAUGACUCUCCGAUGCCCUUGUAUCUGAAAAAGUUUACUUUUCUUAUGCUGUGUAAAGGCCGUAAAAUUCAAAACACAGACGAUACCUCUGAAAGAACUAUUGUGUCCGUCGAAACGCCAAAAUUGAAAACGAACGAUUUUAAAGGAGUUGUUCGUCAUGCAACUGUGAAGAAAACACAGACGAAAGAAAUAAAUAAGCCCCCUCUGAAACCGAUUAAAAGGAAAGGGGAUGAUAAACAACCCUUAGAGAAUACAAAGGAGGAAGAUCCGUACUCUGAUAUUACUUGGAAAAAGUUUUCAGAAUUGUUCAACUUCAUCUGUCUUGUUGCGACGCUUUCCUUUACUGGAUUAUUAGGCUUUUUGUAUGUACUAAUCGCGAGGGGAAAUCUCUGACACUGUAACAAAUUUUACCAUUUUUGGAGGAGGCAUGUU